AAUUAUCUUCAUCUUCUAGUUAUCAUCAUUUCCUUUGGUUCUUUUACUGAUUAAAACCAGGUGAGUUAAAUGUUCACCUGUUGUCCUGACAGUACAAAACAACACUGUUAUUUUUGUGCUUUUAUUUUGGAAUGUGGCCGGAAAAGUUGUCGAUGCUACCUGCGUCACAGAACCGGAAACGAACCAGAGUGAUUUCCUGGAAUCAAACAUUAAACAGAGUUGAUUAUUGACUACCAUUUUACUGAUAAUCACCCAUCAUCCUGUCAGUGUCUCUCAGCGCUGAGACCCUGGUAACUCUCCGGUAAUUCUCCGGUAACGUUUUUAUUACAUCAGCCGGAAACUGAACACCGGUAGCUCCCGCUGCUAGCUUCACCUGCUGUUAGCCCAGCCCGGAAGAGUUAGCUCGGUUAGUCCCGGAUCGAACUAGACCAGAACUGUUUUCAUCAUGGGAGCCCACCGCAGUGAGGGAGGCCGGGAUUGGCUGGAGCAUGACGGGCAGGAGCAGCCGGAGCAGACCCCGAAGCCGUGGAACGUGAUGAUCAAACACCGACAGAUUCACAGACGAGGACGUCGCUCUCACAUGACAGUCAGCUACACGGAUCCUCAGGUGUCCAUGGACCUGUUGAGGGCGGUGCUUCAGCCCAGCUUCAACGAUGACAUCAUGGCUGUGUUCAGGAAGUAUCAGAAGUUCUUUGAGAAGGCAGCAGAGAACGUGAAGGAGAACGUGGGAGACGACAUUCAGACUGAUCAGCUGAUCAGAGAGGCCUGCAGGAACGUUCUGGAACAUGCCAAACAGCUGUUUCCAGAGGGGGAGGUGAAGAGGGCGGGGCCAGAGGUCGCCAUUAAGAGGUCCAGACCCGCUGAUGAAGACUGCAGUCAGAGAGGAAGCCCCCUCCCCAAGAAGAGAAAAACUCGUCCCAGCGCCACGCUCGUCUCCUCUGAUCGACCUCUGACCUUCUCUCAAGUGAAACCGAAGUCUGAUCCCAUCAAGAGAGAAGGACCAAAGUGGGAUCCAUCCAGACUCAACGACAGCAGCACGUUUGUUCUCGGCUCCAGAGCAAACAAGGCGCUGGGGAUGGGCGGGACCAGAGGACGAAUCUACAUCAAACACGCCGACCUGUUCAAGUACGCUGCAGAUGCAAAGGAUAAGCAAUGGUUGGCAGAACGACAUCACAUGAGAGCGACAGGAGGGAAGAUGGCAUACCUGCUGAUUGAAGAGGACAUCCAGGAUCUGUCCCGCAGUGACGAGUACAAGGACUGUCCGGACGUCAGGAUGGACGAGAUGAAGCCGUUCACUGUUCCUCAGUGGAUGGUAGAGAAGAUGAAGAGAGCCAUGGAGGCGCAGAGAGACGCCGACCUCUGACCUCUAACUCCCACAAAUACACACACGACCUUUGACCCCCCACCCCACCCCCACUCCCCACACACACACCUGGAGUCUUUAGUAAAAAUAAACAAGAAGCCAGUCGGAGAGGAGAGACCGAUCGUGUGACCAUAUUGGAUUUUUUCUUUUUUCCCUGUUGUUUAAAAAAAUAAAAUAAAAACUGUUGCUAAGAUA